AUGGGCUGUUUUCAUUCCACUGCUGCGAGAGAAUUUCCUGGACAUGAAAACCCUGUGAAGCUGGCCUCAGAGACUGCUUUUAGUGUGAGUGAAGUUGAAGCAUUGUUCGAGUUAUUCAAGAGCAUAAGCAGCUCGGUUGUUGACGAUGGCUUGAUAAACAAGGAAGAGUUUCAACUUGCUUUGUUCAAGAACAGAAAGAAGGAAAAUUUGUUUGCUAAUAGGAUAUUUGAUUUGUUUGAUGUUAAACGAAAAGGCGUAAUUGAUUUUGGAGACUUUGUGAGAUCACUCAAUGUUUUCCACCCUAAUGCUUCUCUGGAGGAUAAAACAGACUUUUCGUUUAGGCUUUACGAUAUGGACUGCACGGGCUUCAUUGAGCGCCAAGAGGUGAAGCAAAUGUUGAUUGCCCUUCUCUGCGAAUCUGAAAUGAAACUCGCUGAUGAUACAAUAGAGAUGAUACUCGAUCAGACUUUCAACGACGCAGAUGUGGAUCGGGAUGGAAAAAUUGAUAAAACAGAAUGGAGCGAUUUCGUAAUCAAGAACCCAUCUUUGCUCAAAAUCAUGACUCUUCCAUAUCUGAGGGACAUAACUACGACGUUUCCGAGUUUUGUCUUUAACUCGGAGGUGGAUGAGAUUGCGACUUGA